GAAGAGUUACUCACUCAGUCACGUUCAAACUAUGGACAACUUUGGAUACCGCGAGAUGGGUUGGGAAACACCAUCCCAUAGUACGCGCAACUCCAUGCGUAGUCAUUAUUUACGUAGCAUGAGUUCUCGAACUACAGAAGAAUUCCCAUUGAAUCCAACAUACACAAAACAUGUGCGGAACAUCGAUUUGCUGGAAACUGCCCGUGAUAUUGGUGCAGCGAAAGAAUAUUUGUUUGUUGGACCCUCACCUCCCGCUGAGGAUGCUCCAGAUAUGUACCACAGUUUUGACUUCAUUCCUCCCGACAUAGAAGCGAGAGUUACAGAAGACACAAUCCGUCGAGGAAUAUGUGAAAAGGCCGUUUUAUUGGGAGCCGGACGACUGUUUGAUGAUAUAGAAUGUGGAUUGGUUACAACGGAAAAUAUAGAGGAACAUGUCGCAUCCGCUCCAGAUGCGGUCAUCAAUUUGGCAUUACUGUGGAUAGCGUUUUUAGCACGCGAUGAUUUAUUACCGGCUAUUUUGGAUGCUGGUGCUGAAAUUCAAUUCUCAGAGCCUAUUGGUUUGGCAGCUUUACAUUUAGCAUCGUUUGCAGCUGCAAAAGGCGCAGUUCUUUACUUACUGUCACGCGGUGCGGAUGCUAAUUAUACUCCCAAAUACUUUGCUCCCCUACAUUGUGCAGCAUUUGGAAAUUGUGUUGAAGUUGCCGAUAUAUUGAUAGCAAAUGGUGCCUCCUUACAUGCAGUUGUUCAAAGAGCAGGCUGUGAAGAUAAUCUCGUUCAUUGUGCUGUAAGAUCUGAUGCCGUAGAAUGCAUGGAUUUAUUUAUAGAAAAAGGUGUAGAUCCAAGUUAUGUUACUUCUGGAGGAAAAAAUGCCUUACACCUUGCCGCAGAACUUGGAGCUCAACGUUGUUUAGCUUAUUUAUUAAAAGAGACUAAGAUAAAUGUAAAUGGACUAACUAAACAAAGAGAUAAGGAAUGUACUGCUCUACAUUUAGCUGCGGCACGAGGGUAUGCAGAAUGUGUGGAACUUUUAUUGGCUGAAGGCGCGAAAGCAAAUACAUUAAAUCAUAAAGGAUUCACUGCACUUCAUUUAGCUGCUAGAUGUUCUAGUGUAGAAUGUGUGGAAGCUCUUCUGAGAGACGGAAAUGCAGAUCCCAAUGUUGAAGAUUCAGAUAAGAGAACACCAUUACAUGCUGCUGUUAGUCAUUCAGAUCGUGCCUGCGAUAUCAUUGAUAUGUUGGUUAGUUGUGGAGCACAAGUUAAUAAAAAAGAUGUGUAUGGCUAUUCUCCUUUGCAUCUUGCUGCUAUAGAUGGUGUAACACAGUGUGUGGAGAUUCUACUCUUUAUAGGAGCUGACGUAACGUCUAAAUCAAAGAAAGGUCAUACAGCUUUAAGUGUGAUUGCUCGAAAAACUCCAAAAUCUUUAUCAAUUUUACGACAUAAUUUAGAUAAUGGCAUUUCAAUCACUCCACAAACAGAAGCUAAUGAGGAAGUACAAAUUGAAUUUGAUUUCGGUAAACUCCUUAAGUUUUCAUAUCCUCGAGAAAUUACAUAUUUAAAUAUUUUAAUUGAUGAAGGUCAGAAAAACAUUCUGCUGCAUCCCCUAUGUUCUGCAUUUUUGUUUAUGAAAUGGCGAAAAAUAAGAAAGUUUUACUUAGCCAGACUUAUUUUCUGUUUUUUGUUUGUAUCAUUUCUAUCGAUCUACGUUCUAACAACUGUCGUAAAAGCCUGCAAAGGUAAACAUUCAGAAAAGUAUGGAGUACCGAAUGAGCUUUGUCAGAAGCAGUCAUUACUUGGUGCCGUGUUAAGUAAUAAUCCUAUUAAAUUUGAAAGAUGGGUGCUAAUGGGAAUCACAGCAUUUGAGAUUGCUCGUAAAUUGACUGGUAUUACAGGUUACUCAAGCAUCCAGCAAUAUUUCACUACAUUUGAAAAUUUAAUGGAGUGGUUUGUGUUACUUUCUGUAUUUUCAUUGUAUAAUAUAAACGACGAUUAUAGUUGGCAAAACCACGUCGGUGGAUAUGCUGUGCUUGGUGCUUGGACAAAUUUAAUGCUCUUAAUGGGGCAGCUUCCAAUGUUCGGCGACUAUGUGGCUAUGUACCAAAAAGUAUUAGCAGAAUUUUUAAAAUUACUCUUGGCUUAUAUUUGCCUCCUGUUAGGUUUUAGUAUUUGUUUUUGUGUAGUAUUUCCUAACGAGGAAAUGUUCUCUAAUCCCUUAAUGGGUUUUAUAACAAUAGUAUCAAUGAUGGUGGGAGAAUUAAAUUUAAGUAUAUUAAUCAACGAUCCACUUAAGGAUGACCCACCAUUGCUCUUUGAAAUAUCAUCGCAAAUUAUUUUCAUCCUGUUUCUCAUGUUUGUCACUAUUAUCUUGAUGAAUCUGCUUGUCGGUAUUGCGGUUCAUGAUAUUCAAGGUCUAAGGAAAACUGCCGGAUUGUCGAAAUUAGUCAGACAGACCAAGCUAAUAUUAUUUGUUGAAAUGGGAAUGUUUAGUGCUCUCUUACCUAAAUGUUUACAUAAGUACGUAUAUAGAACUGCUCUGGUAUCACCUGAAGCUGGAAAAGUAAUAUUGAGCGUGAAACCGUUAAAUCCUCGUGAGAACAGAUUACCGACAGAUAUAAUGAUGGCAGCGUACGAGUUAGCACAAUUGAAUAAAGUAAAAUUCUGUGGAUCAGUCAAGGAAAUUUUACAUAAAAAUAGAUAUAACACAUCAAAACUAAAAAACGAGACACAAAACAAUGAUCAUAACAUGAAUAUAGAAUUGAGAGGAAUGCAAGAGAAAAUUGAUCAAACGACGUUUAAUUUGAAGAAAAUUGAUCAGGAAAUAAGGCAUUUGAAUACACUACUUAUGGAGCAACAGCAUUUACUUCAAAAUAUAUUCAAACAUAUGGAUUUAGGCCAUCGAGCAGGGCAUGUGGCUACGACUUUUAAUCCUGAAUCUCCUGUGUUUUUUACAAACAAUAACUUAGAUGUUCAUAAGUACCAGUGAUUUUUUUCAUUGUGCAUUUACAGAAGAACUGUUCUAAUAAUAAUUUGUACAUCAGGGUAUUAUAAGAUAUGUGAUAAAAAGUAUUUGCUCACUUCAUGCGUCAUAGAAUGGUAUAUAAAGUGUAAUAAUUCGAGAAGUUUUUUCUUUAGUUUAACGAUAAUUUAUCUUACUUUUAUUAGUUCUAUGAAGCAUGUUCUGAUUAUCUUUUGUUAUAUAAUUGUAUUAUAUUAGUUUUUUUUC